AUGAUCACUGGAUCAGUGGAGCGCCUAGGAGAACUCGUCACAGAGAAGUGGAAUGUUUCGCUUCUGCGUCUGCGUCUGCGUGUGCGUGUGCGUGGGGUUGCAGCUGCACAGAGUAAGCAAAUCCUUACCGCAUGGAUUUCCAUUAUCAUAAACAUUUUGUUUCCUUGCAGGAUUCCUGAAGGCAGUGACUCUUGGAAACGAUUGGUGAGCAGCUUGCAGAGCAAAUCCAGCAGAGAUGCUGCGGCUGACAGAGACUCCACUGCCAGGACUGGAGUCAGCGACAGUAACAGCAGCAUUGUGCCCGCUGCUCCAGAAUGGAGGUUCAACAAAGAUCUUUCAAUCAGCAUCAGAAAGAAUAUACUGAAGUUCCUGGACGCUGAAAGGGACAUCUCGGUGUUGAAGGGGAAUGUACAGGCCGGUGAUAUUAUCCAUUACGUAUUUGACAGAGAGCAAACCAUGAACAUCUCUGAGAACUUGUACCGGCUCCUCCCCAGCUCGCCCCCUCUGAAGAAGCAGCACUUUAAACGCUGCGCCAUCGUGGGGAACUCGGGGAUCCUGCUCAACAGCGGCUGUGGAACAGAGAUCGACUCGCAUGAUUUUGUCAUCAGGUGCAAUUUAGCUCCGGUGGAGGAGUACUCCAGGGACGUGGGGCUCCGGACCGGGCUGGUGACGAUGAACCCCUCGGUGGUGCAGCGAGCCUUCGAGGACCUGGUCAGCGAGGCGUGGAGAGAGAAGCUCCUGCAGCGGCUGCAAGGGCUGAGCGGGAGUAUCCUCUGGAUCCCUGCCUUCAUGUCCAAGGGAGGAGAGGAUCGGGUGGAGUGUGUCAAUGACCUGAUCCUCAAACACCACCUCGACGUGCGGACUGCCUUCCCCUCCCUGAGGCUGCUGCACGCAGUGCGAGGAUACUGGCUGACAAACAAGGUUCUGAUCAAACGCCCAACGACCGGUUUGCUGAUGUACACGCUGGCCACUCGAUUCUGUGACGAGAUCCACCUGUACGGCUUCUGGCCGUUUCCCCAAGACCAGGACGGAAACCCCGUGAAGUACCACUACUACGACAGCCUGACGUACGAAUACACCUCCCAGUCCAGCCCCCAUACCAUGCCCCUGGAGUUCAAGACCCUGAGCAGCCUCCACCAACAGGGGGCACUCAAACUGCACAUCGGGAAAUGCAGUGCAAGGCUAUGACUAUCAGAACGAGAAGGAAGGAUGACCGGCAGUGGGAUCGGUGCUGAUUAAGGGCACAGCAUUGUGUGUUUGUACAGGAGGUUAAUCUGUAGACGCAGUGAAGGGAGGUGUUGGUAGUUAGUGCAGUGACAGUGUUUAUCUGCAUCAGUAGAAAUGAAAGUGGAUCUGCUGUACUGCUGUUUAGAGUUACACUGGAACCAGCUGCAGGAGGUAAUGUGCUGUAAGAAGCAUUGAGAUCACCAUUCAGGAAGGAGAGGUAUGCGGGUGAAGGAGCUGAUUUGGUUGGUUCCAGUCUGUUAGAUUUAUGGGGGGAGAUAAAUUGAUCAUAUAUACCGCGUAAUAGGGGUCUUCCUCCUACACCCCCCAGUUUCCAGGUGUGUGCCUGAACAUUCUGAUCUGAUUUUCACUUUAAGCAGGAGUACAUUUGUCCAGUAUAUUAUUGAAAGAGCCUUUGACUGAAGCUGCACCACUUAGCCACCAGGUGGCACAUUUCACCAAAAUGCAGAGGUUCAGUGCGCUUGGUGCUCGGGAGUCCCAGACGGGUCAAGGUGUUGAGGACCAGCGUUGUCUGCUGUUUUUCAGUUUGUUAUUGUUCUCUUAUUUAAUUCAGUACUAGUUCUGUGUUGCCAAUGGGUUCACUGUAGAAUAAGUACAGUGUAAUCAGCACAGGGCAAACAAGCACACAGGAAUCGUCUGGACUGCAGUGACUGAAGAGGUAAGCCAAACUGAUUGGCUUGAACCGGCAUAUCAUUAUUGUUAAUGUUGUUGUUAUUAAAUUACAAUGUUUUAAUUCGUGGGCAGAAUAAACGUGUCCUUAUUUUAAGUUUUGAAUAAGGAGGAGUUUGGUUUGAGGCUCAAUGAUACAUACGCUGGUGUCUACACUGCUGCUCCAGAAAGUGGCAGAGGAUAAAACACAAGACUUGCUAUCCCCCUCCUGUGGAAUAAUUCCAUGAUGCAAGCACUUCCAGUAGAAAAUAGGUGGUAUAUUUGGUAUGAUGCAGCAGUGAAAGAUGCCAAAUGCCCUAAUUCACGUGAUGCCUAAAGGAUUGAUUCUUGUUUGGUUGCGAUCACUCUACUGCAGUUUUUGCACGUUGUCUUUUUUGUUUGUUUGUUUUUGCGUCACAUGCAGAUCGUGUCUCUCACCACAAGGUGGCAGCACUUGAUAGCAGAAAGAAUGUUCAUUUUAGAGAAGUGUAAAUAUGUGUUUAUGCUGCUGUAAAAUGUGUUUUAUACAAUAGGUGCAGAACUUUCAGAAAAGUGUAUGU